CUCCGAUUAUACAUCCCGAUGUACCUACCUAGAGGUACCUCUACCUUAAGACAUGUCUAAAUAGGGUACGUAUUUUGUGAAUAAUGGAGAAGGUCAAGAAGGACCGGAGCAAAUAGCGCGAGAGAUUUCUAGAUAUACCUCACUUAAGGUUAAAUAUGUAAGUGAAAUUAAGUUAGAUGAUAUCUUUUUAUUUAUCUAAACCUCAUCUUCAUCGCCAACCUCUCCUCUUGCUAAGUUCUCGUCCCGGAAUACUACGACAGAAUACCUCGGUAUUUCUGUAUACGUACAUCUGCAUUCUUCUCUGCCAAGUGCAUGCAUUACACAUACAUUCGUUGGAAUCCUACAAACAUCCAUUACACAUUACACCUCGAUUCUGGGACACUCUCCGAGCCACUGCGGCGGCAAUUGACUUAACUCACCUACAUCAAAACUCUUCUCUCCGCCUACAUCUGACCGUCGACCAACAGAACACACACGGAACGUAAUAAUAUAGAAAAUAAUCAUGUCGACAUCUCGCAUAUUCACUUCGGGUCUUCGCACCGUCACUAGACGAGCUGCGCAAGCACCCACAAGCCGACAAUCAGCUAUGCGCACAGCAGCUCGGAGAGGAUACGCGAGCAGCGGCCACGGCGGCAGCGCGGGCGCAGAGAAGUCGAGCGAUUUGCCCUGGCUCAUCGCCUCCGUCGGCAUCACCAUACCCGGCUUAGCAUGGAUGCUCUCUGGCCCGUCUACGAAACCGGCCUCACACGGCUCUUCGCACGGCGACACACCCGCCGCGGCCUCAGAGCCGUCGCCCGACCCCGCCGCCGAGGACUCAUCCGACUCCGACUCCGACUCCUCAGGAUCCGACACCCAUUCUUCAUCUUCAUCCUCAUCCUCAGAUUCCGGCUCAGGCUCGAGCGAACCCCCAGAAUCCCAGCCCAACCCCAAGGGCACGAGCUCGCAGACGGGGCAGCAGGUGCCCCCGCCCCCGGCGGACAACACGGACGCGGGGACGGACCCGGAGGGCAAGCGCAAGGCGCAGGAAGGCUACAAGCAGAUCAUCGAGGAGAAGAACACGCGCGCGGCGACGAGCUCGAGCGACAUGCCCAGCAAGAAGGCCGCGGCCGAGCACCCGCGCGAGGACCCGCAGAAGGGCGAGGGCGAGGGCGUGCAGAAGGGUGGGCCUAAGUGAUUGUUUUUGAUUUCUUAUCGCCUACGUUGAAGUCUCUAACUACUGAGGUUUGGUGGACGCGAUGAAGGGGCGACUGGGAGGAA